AAGACAGUUUGCUCAUACCAGAAAUACUGUGGUUUCUAACUUCUAGUUCGUCAGAAGUAUAAUUAUAUUUGACACCGCUAUUUAGGUAUUUCGUCUAAUCCAACGCGAUCACUGUAGUUGCGAUUAACCAUUAACCUGACCAUCACGAAUUCGUGCUACCAUAACCUGGCGAUUCAGCACCCUGAUUCCGCGGAUUAGUGAGAAUACGGUUACAACUGAUAAUAUCUAAUAUUAUGUGACCAACUCUGACUUGAUUUAUGAUGGUCAAAUAUCUCGUACUUUGCACAUUCCUCGCGAACUUACCUCAACCUCGUGGUUCCGGCUGGCUAGAUGUACAUGUUAUAUAAUAACCAUAAAAUCAGUGAAAAUGAAACUGGACAUCAUCUAAGGGCGAAGGUCGCAACCGUUAACCGAUAACAUUCCGUGUAGCCAGACGCUGCGGAUAACUGGUUUUAAAAAUUUAGUAUCGUUCCAACAUCAAAUAGUAUCACCGAUCCGUGUUCUCUAGUCAAAUUUACAAAUCAAAUCGUUUGUUAACGACCAAGUUCUAUAAUAUAAUAAUAAACUAUGUUUAAAUCAACCAAACACAAAGAUGAAUCAGUUGAAGUAUAUGAAGUGCCACUCAAAUCUAAGUCAGAAAAGCCAAACUUGGACGGAGAUCGGUUGAAUUUAAUCCUAUUAAUAAUACUAUACACAAUACAAGGAUUUCCUAUAGGCGUAUCUACGGCUCUUCCGUUGAUUUUACAGAGCAAAAAAAUGGUAACCUAUGAUGAUCAAGCAUCAUUUAGUAUGGCAUUAUGGCCUUAUAGUAUUAAACUCUUAUGGGCUCCAAUUAUAGACGCACUCUAUAUAAACUCGAUUGGUAGACGAAAAUCCUGGCUAUUACCUCUUCAACUAUUAUUGGGGGUCACAUUUUUUUAUAUGGCCUUCAAUAUGGAUAAUUGGUUGCCUGAGACGGGACGACCAAAUCUUACGAUGAUAGUGCGGAUGGUCUUCGUUGUUAACUUUUUGUCCGCGACACAAGACAUCGUCGUCGAUGGAUGGUCGCUGACGGUGUUGAAAAAGAAAAACGUGAGUUAUGCCUCAGUGUGUCCUUCUAUAGGAGUACCAAUUGGCAUGUUCUCUGGUUCGGUUUGUUUUACUUUGCUGGUAUCUGAGGAGUUCAGUGUCAAAUAUUUCGGAACGAAUCUCGGCACAGGAGGAAUUAUGACUAUGAAAAGUUUUUUUAGUAUUUGGGCUAUCAUAAUUUUGAUGGUAACAGUAUUCAUUGGAUUGUUUAAAAGUGAAAAGCAUAAAUUGGAAGAUAACCACAAAAAAAUCAGCGUAUUUGAGAAUUAUAUACUAUUGUGGGACAUUAUAAAGCUACCUCGUGUUAGAGUAUUGGCAGUAGCAUUGCUGACAAUAAAGAUGGGAUUUACUGCUUCGGAAUCUGUAACAAAUUUGAAAUUAAUUGAUGCUGGUAUACCUAAGGAUGACAUUAUGAUGAUCACUUCAGUAAUGUAUGUCAUGAAAUUCGUUUUUCCAAUAUUUGUAUGUAAAUAUGUUACUAGUUCCACACCAAUGAGUUACCAUCUGAAAAUUACGCCUAUCAGAUUAAUUUGUGGUGUUUUAUUCUCUGUGUUGGUUUAUUAUACACCAAGUUUAAUAUACAAAGAUGGACCUAUUAUUACCAUACCGUUAUAUUAUUAUCUAAUAUUAGGAUUGGUAUCUCUUAUAAACGAGAUGUUGAGUUUAUUUUUGAUGCUGACACUAAUUGCAUUCUUUUGUAAAAUAAGUGAUCCCCGUUUUGGCGGAACGUACAUGACACUAUACAAUACAUUUUACUUUUUGGGAUGGUUAAUACCAAAUACAUUUGUUUUGAGACUGAUUGAUAUUUUAACUUUAAGCGAGUGUACUAAUAAUGUCGAAAAUACCUGUUACACGAAAGAUUUAAAAAAUCUAUGCAUUACAAAUGGAGGAACUUGUGGGAUUCAUGUGGAUGGAUACUAUGUAGCAAUAGCCAUGUGUACAGCUUUUGGGUUCAUUUGGUUAUUUACAUUUAGAAAUAUCUUAAAAAAUUACCAACUAGUGGACGCUUACCAUUGGAUGAUACAUGGAAAACACCUAAAUAAUGAUGAAGUAAAUGAACCAUGCAUUAUGUCUUCAGCGUAAUUUCAAACGAUGGUUAUACUAAAUAUAUGGAACUUUAAGUAUAUUUUGAAUAUUAUUAUUGUGUAAAUUAAAACAUUUUGGUUUUGCAAUAAAAAUUUAAAAAUCAUUUAUGUACUUAAAACACAUGCUUAGGCAAAUGCAGAAUGAAAUGCUGCAAGAAGUUAAAUAAAAUUAUUUUGUUUGGUAAA